UUUUUCAUUGUGAUAAACAAAGAUUAUAUUAGUUUCGACAGAAACGCAGUAAACUGUGUCAUUUUAUUUUAUUGACAUUUAUAUCCGCUAGUAAUGCGUGACAUGCAUUAUUUUCGUUAAUUUUUUGCCAUAAAAUCUAUAAAUGACUUUCGAGAAUUUUUUUUACGAUUCGCGCGAUUAAUUAUGUGUUCCUUUUCUCGGCACGAAGACGUUUUACAUUCCUACACUUAAUUUUGCACCAGUUCAUCCGCAUAUAUAACAUGGCUUGAAUCGAUAUUACAUUUACAUUAGAACAUCGGCAUCUUCAUGAUGAAAAAUGAAAGUGAUAUUCAAACUAUAUACAAUCCUAUGAAUAAUGUUCGAUCUCAUCCAAAUCCUGCCACAAAUCGAGAAAUUCCUCCUAUUAGAGCAGCGUCCAGAGAUGGAUCCUAUCACAGUGUUGAAUCAGCUGAUCUUCCACGAGAAGAAACGCAAGAGCUGGUUGGCAAAAAAGGCGGAUGCAAAGAUAAAUUAUGUAAAUUUAGGCAUGCAUGUUGUUCACCGCCAGCCAAAAAAAUAUAUUGCGGAAUAUGGGUGACAGUAUGCAUAACAGCAUCAUGGGUGGCUAGUACUCAUUUUAUAAAAUAUUUAUUCCAUUCCUACGCGCUCAUAGCAACAUUGAAUGGCACAAUGUAUAGACCCUACUUUGAACAUAUGGAAUUUUAUAACGCGCCUUUUUUUACCACUUGGUUUUGCACGAAUUGGAUGGUACUAUUUUUUCCGAUUUAUUACCUUGCUCAACUUGCCUCAUCUCGUGCCUUAACUCCAACUGAAAUUCUAUGCGAAAGCGUGAGAAACUUCAGAAACAGCCGUUUUACAGCAGGACGAUUUCUCAUUAGAUGUAGUUUCUUCUGCAUAUUAUGGGUACUAACAAACUACAUGUACGUGUAUUCUUUAAGAAUUCUAUUAGCAACGGAUGUAAUCGCAUUAUUCGCAACAAAUGUCGUUUAUGUUUACUUACUGUCUUGGGUUAUAUUACACGAACAAUUCGUCGGAUUAAGAAUUGUAGCAAUAAUUUUAUGUGAUACUGGGGUUGCAUUAUUAGUUUACAUGGAUGGAAUAUCUCAAAGUUCCACGAUGAACAGUGUUCUCUUAGCUGCCACAGCUGCAGUUGGUUUUGCCGUCUAUAAAAUUUUAUUCAAGAAAACGUUCGGUGAAGUUAGCCUCGGACAAAUAUCUUUGUUUUUUUCGCUAAUUGGUAUGUUAAACGCAACUUUAUUAUGGCCACUCUGUUUGGUUUUAUAUUUCACCGGAGUUGAAGUCUUGCAAUGGGAUCGAUUACCGUGGACCAUUUUAUUCGGCGCUAGUCUGUUUUCUUUAAUAACUAAUCUUCUAGGCAAUUUCAGUUUUGCUAUAACAUACGACUUAUUUAUAACAUUAGGACUGAUUACUUCCGUACCAGUUUCAGCAGCUUUAGAUGUAGUACUGUACGGAACUCAUUUCUAUGGCAUGAAACUAGCUGGUAUAAUUUUGAUAUCGAUCGGAUUUUUCUUAGUUAUGUUUCCUGAUAAUUGGCCAGAUUAUAUAACACGAUUACUUAGGAAUAUAAUUUUAAUGAGUCGCAAUGCGCGCGUAAAAUUCAAUGUUGAAAAUACGGAUAACAUUCAAGUCAAUGGAACCGAAAGAAUCGCGGGGCACAAAUGUCUAAUCAAAGGACUGAUGUAGAUUAUAGAACCGGAUAUAUUCGUUCUCAUUUAAGAUCGCCUUCGGGGCGAGUACGUUAAAUUAAAUAUAUUUUUUUUUUCAUUACUUUUUUCUCUUAUUUGUAUUUACUCGCAUGUAGUGUAUCGUGACAUAUCUACGUAUAGUUGUUAGUUACUUGUGAAAAGUUGUAACACUGAAACCAUUUUAAAUAUUUUUCGUUACGUUUGUGUAAUUUUUUUAAAUCGAUAUUGUUGAAAUAAUAUGUAAAACUGCCUGUAAUAAUUUUUUUCGAUAAUUACCAUAACUUGAUUAAGAUUUUAUUAUUAGUCACUGUGUAAUUAUUUUCUCGACGUGUUAUCAAAGAUAUCUGCAUAUUCAUGCCGAAUAAAAUGUUUCAAUAGUUUUUUAA